UUCAUGAUGUUUUCUGACAAUUAACUUCUUAUCCUCCUCUUAACAUCUCGUCUUUUUCUUUUCUCAAUAUUCAUGAAUACACACUUCUCUCUGUCAAUCUUUCUCACUAAUAUUUUUUUCUGGGAUGUUGACUCCUUACUCUUCAUGAUUGAUGAAUCCUUCGGAAGGGAUCGAUUCACGCACGUGCAUCGAAGUUGUCUAUGCUACUUAUAGAGCUGACUAUAUAUUUAAUUACUGCAGUAAGCUUUGCCAAUCUAUAAAACACUUGUCGAUCCCAAAGAAUAUCUAUUAGAGUAUCAGCUUUCGAUGCUCUAAGAGCUCAAUUAUUCGUCUCUUGUAUUUGGACAUUUUUCAGCGAUGAAGGCAGUGAUUUUGGUGUGCUUUGCCGUGCUAGCGUUCGCUGCGCUGGUCGCAGCUGAUGAUGCGUCUCCGCUGCUCAAGGCUCUCAGUUCGCAGCCCGCAGCGACGGACGAUUUACAGGCAUCCGAAGCCCGCCAUUACGGCUACGGGGGCGGUUAUGGGGGCGGGUACAGAGGCGGACAUGGGGGCGGCGGAUAUCACCACGGAGGUGGAGGCUACGGAAGAGGAGGAGGAGGACAUUACGGUAGAGGACACAGAGGAUGAGAGAGAGAUAUAUAACACUGCACAGCUCACUCUGAAAAACACUGCACACUUUACAAAAUAACAAGUACAAUAUUGACUGGUCCAUAAAGCUUCAAGAUGCAUAUGAAGUUGAAGAUGCAGUUGAAUACAGUUGAUACAGUUAUAGUUCGAAUAUUUGACAAUGAUUUUGUACUAUCCACACUCAGUAUGAUUCCAUUUUCAGAAAUAUUAUUGUUGUUCAUUAUUUAUUGAUAAAGUUAAAUAAAGUGACUAAUUUUAAAAAUUCUUAAGAUUUA